CUUGUCUUCAAAUGAUCCACUUCCAGUUCUCCGACCAACUCCAACUAGGGAUCAUCUACAAAGAAAGAUGCUGAUCAUGAAUGCAAUAUCUUUUCUAUCGGCGAACGCUCGCUCGGGAGCGCAAACAAGUUCGUUACACCAGCACCACAAGAAAAUUUGUUUCUUUGAUGGCGGAGAUGACGAUGAGGAUAAGUGAUAACUCUGUCUAGGUCUUAAUAUUUUAGCAGAAUGUUUACCUCCAGGUCGGUAUCCUCGUGGUUGUAUGCUGGCCGACGCGACUUCCCUAGAAGCCUUGGGAUUAGGCAUACAGCGCACGAACUGGUAGGCAUAAAGCAAACGAACUUGCUUUGUUUUGAAAGUAGAAUUUUUUCGCGAAAUAAACCUGUUUCGAACCAUGAUAUUAACUCCACUCUCCGUUUUCAUCCACGACCUUUGAGUAGGAGCAAUACCUUAGCGUUUGUGCCGCGAAAUUUCAGAACCAUGGCGACAGAAGCUUCCCAAGAAGCUGGAUCUGCUGCCAGCACUCCGGCGGCACUGCUCGAGCCCAUUGCAAAUAAUCUGAAGUCGGUUUUGGCGAAAGUCGAAGAGGCAGCGAGCAGCAGACAGCAAGAAUCAUCCACCUCCAACGAAAGCGGUGGUAUUAAAGUCCGACUAGUCGCCGUUUCCAAAACGAAACCGUCAGACAUGAUUCGCGAAGCCUACAGGCACGGCCAGCGCUAUUUCGGCGAAAAUUACGUGCAGGAACUUGCCCAGAAGAUGGAGGAGCUGACAGACUUACCAGAUAUCAGGUGGCACUUUAUCGGCCACUUGCAGAGCAACAAGGCGCAACAGUUGUUGAAGGGCGCAAAGGUUCUUGUCGAUAAAAAUGGCGCAUCAGUAGAAGUAGAACAAUCAAAAGUUGAAGCCCCCCGCCUGAACCUCACGGUGGAAACUGUUGACAGCGAGAAAUUGGCAAAACUUCUAAACCAGACAGUGGAGAAGCUCUUUCCGACUGCGGCGCUCGACAUUUUCUUGCAGUUGAACAGCAGUGGAGAGGAAUCGAAAAACGGUAUUUCCGCAGAAGAUCUCCUCCCACUCGCGAAUUUCAUCUGGAAGACUUGCCCGAAUCUCCGACUAAAGGGCCUCAUGACCAUCGGCGCGCCAGACUACAGUGGCUGUCGCACGGAAGACUUCGCGCUGCUGCAAAGUUGCAGAAAACAGCUCCAGGAGGCCAUGGCCGACUUGGACGCAGAAACCCUUCUGCGACAAGGUUACUCUUCGUCCACCGGUGAGCAAGGACGAAAAGUUGGAUUGGAGCUCUCCAUGGGAAUGAGUAACGACUUUACCAUCGCGAUAAAAGAAGGCUCGACGUCGGUGCGCGUGGGAAGCAGUAUUUUUGGGGCAAGAGAAAAGAAGUAGAACUGACAAUAUAGUAAAAUCCAAAGCGAGGAACCAACAACACAUCCAGUGCUUUGCUACUGUUUAUUUAGCAUUAGCGGCACAAAGUCAGAUGAAUGCGAGAAAAAACAGAAGCCUUCCUGUUCGCUCGAAGCGGACGGGGACGAGGCAGCGUAUUGCUUGUCUCGAAU